UUCAUUAUAAUGAAAAAAAUGCAUCAAACAAUUGUACCGAUUGAUCAAUAUCAUCAAAGUGAUACGUUUCUUAGUAAUAAUGUUGGAAAUUUAUUCGAAAAACUGUUCAAGAUUCAAUCGAAUGAUAAUCAAGAAUGUUUGCAUCCAAACUUGACGAUAAUUGAUCAAUAUUUAGAUGAUUUUCAAGUCGAUUUUAAUCAAUCAUUUGAUUCUAUUGAUAAUGUGAACCGAAUUGGACGUUUUAUCCGUAAAAUUGAUAGUUAUUUUUGUCCAUUGUUAGAACACGAUGAUGCAAUUGAUGAGAUUCAAUUUAGUGUUCGAUCAAACAUUGAAUGGUGUGGUCCACAUUGGCAAACAUACAUUUUGGAUGCCAUUGAUAUUGGUUUACGAAAUGAAAUUUCAUCCAUCCCAUUUACAAAUCCUGGACAAUUUAUUUGUAUGAAUCAAAUUUUAAGCCUUUUACUUUUGACCAGUGGCAUUGAACAUUGUAUUGGCGAUGUUUUACGGCUAAAAUGUCGUCAAAUUCCACCGUUAAUGAAAGAUUUAAUCGAUAUGCCCGAGUUGAACGAAUUGAUUGGUUCGGAUUUAAUACGACCAUUAAAAGUAUUGUUAGGACCACCAACAACAUUGAACAUUCGAAAUAUUCUAUGGCAUGGAUUCAUAAAUUGUCCGGUGAAGCAGACGUCGAUUGAAAUGCGACCAUUCAUUACGACUUUGAUUGCAAUCAUAUCAACAAUCGGAUAUCGAUUGUCUCAACAUUCUGAGUCUUCUAUUCACUCGACCGACUGGAUACCACGUUCACCAUUAUAUGAUCUAAGCGAAUUUGCCAACAAACAUUUUCCCAUUGUUCGAGAUCAAAGUGGUGAUCAUUAUGAACAAAUCUUCAAAUGUCCAUUAAUACAUCGAACAAUGCGAUCAGCAUGGGCAUACAUGUUUCAUUUGCAACGACAAGAGAAAUUGCAUCGACGAAAUCAAUAUUGGAUUUGUCUCUUGUUUCCAUUGCUUGAAUCAUCGAUGCGUUAUCUUUAUUGUCAUGUUAAUCAUCUUGAAGAUCGUCGUCUUCUUACUGCCAUUGCUCGUCAAUAUUAUGUAACAUUUCGUGAAAUUUUCGGUACAUUAAUUACCGAUUUAGAUUAUUGGAAGAUUGAUACCAUCGAAGAACAAACAUUACCUCGAAAUCGAUUACUACAAUUUCUACCCAUCGGUUUUAUUCAUGCAUUUAAUGAUCUGAUCAUACAUUGUCAUGGACCACAUUUACGGGAUCGAUUAAGCCAUGGACAAAUCCGUUUUGAUCAUGUUGAUUCAAAUGUUGUUCGAUUCUCUGCUGAUGUUACUUUCGAAUUUAUUAGGUGGACGACCAUUCACCAAAUGAAUGAUGGCCAACAAUGUUGUAGUGAAAAACUAUCAUUAUUAUCAUAUGAAACACAAUUCCAUAAAAUCUAUUAUGUACGAAAUCGAUUAAUUACGGUUAUUGAACGAUUGAUGAUUUGGCAAAAUCAGUCAUCAACCAGUUUUAAUGGCAUUGAUUUGAUAAAUCGAUUACGAACAAUACGACCAAUAGAUACAGGUAUUCUAUAUCUAUCCAAAUGUUUUACAAUUGUCAAUUUUUUGGAAAAUAUUGUCAACCUUUUUGAAAAUUUCUUCAACAUAUUGAUUCAAUAUUUGAGGCAAAAACAAUCACUCAAUCAAUGUCAAGGCCGCCGAUUACGUAGUAGACAACGAGAGAAUUUUCAAAAUUUCUCACAUCAUUUUAACCAUAAAUAUUUGAAACUUAUCUGUGAUAAUACAUGGUGGUCAAUGAUGGUGAUGAUAAUGGAAAAUCUUGACCAAAUUAUCGAAUCUGGCCGUUUUACCAAUGAUGAUGAUGAUGAUAGUGAAUGGCGUCAAACAGUGUGGGAGAAACGUUAUCAACGUAAAUUACAAUCAAACAUACAACGUUUAUGUAAAUAUUCACGUGAACACCAAUGGCAUCGAAUUGAAGAGAUUUUGAUUUCAAAUCAAGCGAUUGCAAUAUCGAUUACUCACGACCUUUUUCAGUGAUAAAAUAGACAUAAGCA